GGCGGUGAGGGUACAGCGGCGGGCUCUGAAGGCGGGAGGUCCUUAAAAAUGGGGAACACAAGCAGCGAGCGAGCUGGAUUGGAGCGUCAUGGGCAUAAGGCAUCCCGAGGUGACAACUCAGGAGGAGCCAUCAGUACAAAAGAGGGUGAUAGACCAAAAAUUUUAAUGGACAGUCCUGAAGAUGCCGACUUGUUCCAUUCAGAGGAAAUGAAGGCUCCGUUGGAGAAAGAAGAAUUCCUAGCUUGGCAACAAGAUCUGGAAGUGAAUGAUAAAACUCCCACUCAAGCUCGACCAACAGUCUUUCGCUGGACUGGAGGAGGGAAAGAAGUUUAUUUAUCUGGAUCCUUCAACAACUGGAGUAAAAUUCCUCUGACAAGGAGUCACAAUAACUUUGUGGCAAUCCUGGACCUGCCAGAAGGAGAGCACCAAUACAAGUUCUUUGUGGAUGGGCAGUGGACGCACGAUCCUUCAGAGCCAGUAGUAACCAGCCAGCUCGGUACCGUCAACAACAUCAUACAGGUGAAGAAAACUGACUUUGAAGUAUUUGAUGCUUUGAUGGUGGACUCUCAGAAGUGUUCAGACAUGUCUGAGUUGUCAAGUUCACCCCCAGGACCGUACCACCAGGAGCCUUAUGUUUGUAAGGCAGAGGAGCGCUUUAAAUCGCCACCUAUUCUUCCCCCCCACCUGUUGCAGGUCAUCCUGAAUAAGGACACAGGCAUUUCUUGCGAUCCUGCUCUACUCCCUGAACCCAACCAUGUCAUGUUGAACCACCUCUACGCACUUUCUAUCAAGGAUGGAGUGAUGGUGCUUAGCGCUACACAUCGUUACAAGAAGAAAUAUGUGACUACUUUGCUGUACAAGCCAAUAUGAACAUCAUGGUAGUUUGUGACCAAUUGUUCUGGGCUAGUGCAGUCUCAGAAAAAAAAUUCCUCUUUUAACCAAAUGUACUCCUGCUCUGUGCUGUAGCAAAUGAAUUCUGAUUUCAUAUUGUUUCUGAGACUUCCAAGUUCUCCUAUAUUUGCCUUAUUUUCCUAGUCCCACCUUGGAAGUUCUUGGAGAUGGCAGCUUCAUGGCAACUAGACAGAUGGCAAAGGUGUCAGUGCCCAUUGUCAGCUCAGUUAAAUACCCAGCAAUUUAAUUAGGCUGAAAAAUGUGAGGGCAGCAACAGAUUGAAGACCUUUAGCAGUGAGGCAGACUGUAAGUAAUAAACAAGCCAGCCCAAAGUCUAGAAAGUUCAGGAUUCUUGUGGAAUCUUAUUUGAGCUCGACACUCAGCAAAAGCAAGCCCGUUACUGCUUUCAUAACUCACGAAACACGCAAGUAUUUCAGUAGCAAGUUCCAAACUUGCAUGGCUGAAAUAAGUGUGAAUAUUGAUGGUCUUUUUGUAGCAGCCUUUUCUAGGCAAAAUCAGCGACACAGUCACCAAAAAGCUCAUUUUUAUUUUACAGUAGACUGGGGUGCACUGUUUCUGCUGUGAAUAGCUCUGUAGUUUUUCUCUUCAUGAGAACUGAAAUACAACUUUUCCCCUGUGGAAUUUCUGGUAAAGACAAUUGUUUUUAAUGGCUGGAUUUUUCUGUAAAUCAUAAAUGUGUCUUGCAGUAAUCUGCUUUUUGAAACCAAUUUCUCUUGCUGUCACUGAUAAGGACUUCCUUAAGCUGGGAUAGGUAGCUGUAAGGAAAUCGAUGCAUUCAGUUUAGGGAUUAGCUCUUCAGUAACAGCCUGAAGGUGACUGUAAGUCACCUGUAUCCCAGUGGCCAAACUCGCCCCUUGGCGUAAGCAGUUGCAGCAUGCUGGAUACGGCAGCACUGCUCCCUCCUGUGCCCAGGGCUGGAGCUGGGCCUCCGCUCCAGGUUGCAGCGUUGACUGUGGGUAUAAAAUCCCUGGUGCUUCUGCAGCCAGGGCUGUGGGGAUCUCUGCAACUUUUUAUUCUAUUUAUAUUUUCUAAGUGAUUAUAGUAACACCAGCUUGCCUGUACGUGGUACUCGCAGCCUGGUUUAUCCCAAAACAAAUGCAACAUUAAUGCAAAACUGCCUGCCAGCGUGCCUCGGGCCUGCUCUGGAGGAACCAGCUCAGGAGGUGACCUGCUGGGUCCUUGCCUCUGUUUGGUUUUUGGUGCCUGAGAGCGCCAGUGACUGUGCCAACGAUAACCAGCCCCCGCCCGACCGUGGGGAAGAGCGCAUUGCACAAAUCCGUAAGGAGUCUGAGUGGAGACAAACGCUGCAGCAGCCAGCGUUCAGUGGAACCGGCCACAGUGGAAGGGUGGUUUGCCAUCCUUGGAUCUGUUCACUAGCCUUGUUGCAGUGUUGUGAGUAGCUGAGUAGAUCUGGGUCUAGUGCAAUGGUUUUCUCUGAAAACUCUUUCUUCAUUCUGGGCUAUGGAUAGUAUUUGGUAUUCUGAAAUACGGAAUUGCUUUUGUUCUCAGCCUCUUUAGAAACAAAUAAAACAUUUUCA